AUGUACUUCAAGGUCCUAGUAAUUGCUGCCACCAUCGCUGUUGCCGCCGGGCAAUAUGGAUACAACAAUGGCUAUGGUCAGGCUUCCCACAAUCUUGUUCAGCAUCAACCACACUACGCUGCUGCUGUUCAACAAGAUUACCAUGCACCAGCUCAUUACUCUUUCAACUACGGCGUUCAGGACCCUCACACCGGUGACUUCAAGUCCCAACACGAGUCUCGGGAAGGAGAUGUAGUUCGUGGUGAAUACAGCCUUCACGAAGCCGAUGGCACCGUCAGACGUGUAGAAUACAGCGCAGACCCACACAGCGGAUUCAACGCCGUCGUGCAUCGUGAAGGACAAUCCUCCCACCAGGCCCCCAACUACCACUAA